AUGCCAUGCUUGCGACAUUUCGAUUCGCUUUUGGGACUAGGGAUCAGAUCAACAAAGCGUGGAAGCGACUCCAUAGUCAACUUGAUAAGGAAGGAGUUCGAAGAGCACAAGAGGACAAUCAACUAUGAUCAGGAACCAACUAAUUAUCUCGAUGCCUACAUCCAUGAGCUGCAUCGUAGAGAGAAAGAAGGUAUACAAGACGAAUUCACAGAGAAACAAAUGCGUGACUGCGAUUUAUGA